UUGAGCUGCAGUGACUGUGAAUAGCCGGUGCCUGUUCUCACUACUCUCAUCAUUUACAGCCCCUCACAUUCAGACAAUGCUGAGCUUUAAUGCUAUUCUCUUCGGAAUGCUAGCAGCUAGCUUACUGUUGUUUUUGCAUUAACGAAUUAUCUUUGUGAGAUAGCAUACAGCCCGUUUAGUUGGUUAGCUCGCUAGCUAGCAAAGCACCUGCUGCCCUCCUGCUGCUAUUGUUUCUUCUGCUAACCUGGAUAUAACGGUCCAGCUAUCUGUGAGAUAUAAUGGAGUUUCCUUUUGAUAUCAACCACUUAUUUCCCGAGAGGUUCUCCAUCUUGGACCAGACCCUUGUUGCAGGACGUAAAACAGCAGGAAUGCCACAUCUUCAGGCAAACAUAGAAACAGUUAUCGAUGAGCUUGGGAGAGCCUCAGCAAAGGCCCAGCAGCUCCCAGCCUCUAUAACCAGUGCCUCCAAGCUGCAGUCCCAGAAGCACCAGCUCUACCUGCUGAAGGACGUAGAGAGCAACGGAGGCCGUGGUGUUGUCGUGGGGUUUCUCAAGGUUGGCUACAAAAAGUUAUUUCUACUUGACCGACAGGGUUCACACGUGGAGGCAGAGCCACUGUGUAUUCUGGAUUUCUACAUAGCAGAGAACUUGCAGCGAUAUGGCUACGGGAGGGAGCUCUUUGAUUUCAUGCUGCAGCACAAGAAGUUAAAGCCCGUCCUGAUGGCUUACGACAGGCCGUCGCCCAAGUUCCUGUCCUUCCUGGCAAAGCAUUACUGCCUGACGCCCAGUGUCCCUCAGGCCAAUAACUUUGUGGUGUUUGAGGGCUUCUUCGUCAACAUAUCAGGCUCACCCUCCUCUCCUCUGCCGGAUCAGGGGAUGUUCAGCUUUUUUGGCCCAGCUGAGAAAGGUUCCCCUAAGAAAGCCGGACGGAGAGAUCAAGCCCUACUCUUUAAUGGAGAGAGAAGUGGUCCAUCAGGAGCAGCGGGCUCGCCCCUGGCCGUUUGCUCCGCCUCACUCCCCGCAGCGGUCGGUAUCCUCCCAGUGCUCCCCCUCCCUGAGCGGGGGGUCCUCCCCCAGCAGGCCCCGCCCCCAGGCCGCACAAGUUCCUGCCCUUGGGCGCAGCAGGGAGCAGAGCCCCCAGUCCCCCCUCCUCGAGCGCUGCAGGGAAAGACGCAGCAGCGAGCAGGGUGGGGGGGCCACCUGCAGCCCAUACAGGGGGCCCCUGCACAGCAGAGCAGCUGGACUGCUGCACAGACCUUCCCCAGGUCCAAGCCUCUCUCACUCCCACCUCUGUUUGCAUCCAAGAAGCCCCUCACCUCCUCCGUGUACAGAGGGACCCAGCUGGGUGGAGCUGAAGAGGAGCUCCGGGGGUUGGACAGUCUGCAGCGUGCGCCACGAGGCAUGCUGUUCAACCAGAGACGUCUGUUGGAGAGGGAGAGCCCCGGGGGCAGGGGGGGGUGGUGGUGCACUGCAGGAGAGAGCUGCCACAGCGCGCAGUGGGUGAAGCAGAAGCAGGAGCACCGGAGCACCCGGCCCUGGUGAACACGGGGGCACGCUCCCAUAAGAGGGGUUAUUAUAUCUGAAAGAUGUUGCAAAAAAUGUUGCCCUGUAGUAGUUUACUAAACAUGCUAUGGGCCAAAUAUGGAGGUGUUACUACAACAGCCAUGAGACACAACCAUCCAAAUGAAUUGGAAGUGUUGAUAUAAAGCCAUAACAGAGCAGCAGUGUUGAAGGGGAAUCAGAAGUAGUAACCAUAGUGAGGUCAUUAAGGUUAAAGGUCCCAUGUCAUGCUUUUCUGGUUAUUACCCGUCCCCUUUUGUGUUAUGAAGGUUUUUCUGCAUG